CAUUACAAUACAAGACCCCCGAUCUCAAUAUAUGUGUAACUAACUGCACCCGUCUGCGGAAUCGGAUCUGCAAGGAUGCCAUACAGUGAUGGUUAAAUACAUCGAAAAGAUGGCAGAGUAUGGCAGAAUGGAUUGAAAGUUGUUGUGACUGUGAAGAGGUAGCAACAGCCUUCUCCUCUGAUUACAAAGGAAGAUAUUUCUUCUUGACACAUCUUGAUGUCAGCCUAUUUUCUUCUAAACUUAAACAUAACGAGACUAAAAAGAGAAAGUUGAAAGAAUUUGAGAAGAAAGUUUCAGCAUUAAGAAAUACCUCAGGUGGUGAGAUCCUCAUUCAUCUGCACGGUCAAGACCCAGAAGAUAGGUAUCUUGGGCACUUCGACAACUUUACUGACGCUUGCCUGAAGAAUCUAAUCCCUGACGGACAACUGUUCACGGAUGUUUACAGGCGUCAGUGGUUGUCGGAUGAAUUUCCUAGUUUCGAUGGUACCCCUGUUCUUCUCCUCACUGUAAACAAAGCACGGUCUGUAUGUACAGUACAUUUUUACACAAAGGUCCCAUCGGAUUGUAUGAUUGAAAAUGCGUCGACCGUUGGUUUUGUCUCUCUCUUGUCCAGAAAGGUGAUCACAGAAGAGACAGAACCAACACUUAGAGGAAUCCACAACUUCGAGCAACGGCUUCAUGAAAACAGACACAUUGAACUUAAAAGUGUGUUCAUGAAAAAAGAUCGAACAUUUCAUAAUAUUUCCACGUUUGUUGAUUACAUCUGGACUGAUCUGAGAUUCAGGGAAAAUUUAUGUUCCAUGUCAAAACUUGAAGGUGGGGGUUCUUUCUUCGUGGGAAUUAAUGAAAAAAAUGGAGGUGGCACUUACGACUCGAGGGAAAUAAAUCCCAACGGUUUUCCCUGCAACUGGAACCUUGACGAGAUCAAGACGUCUUUGGAUGAUAAACUAGAGUGUGACGCAUCCUAUCAACAACCAGACGGUGCUCUCACGUCUGUCCCCACCAGGCUCAUUGAGGUUGAACUGUACAACUCUCCUUUGCAAAUCAAGAAUAGUUCUCAAAAUUUCAAGAUAUUAGAAAUUGCAGUCGGGUAUGUUGAGGGCAUUGUAUUCUAUAAUAGAAAAGGCCCUGAAACCUACACCAUUGACAAGGAGGGACAUAUACUGCGAAUGGAACAUAGUGAAUGGUUGGAGAGAAUACAGUCGUUUAAUAUAGUUGAUAUCAAGCAGUAA